GUGCCUUGUUUGACAGCUUGUCAUCUGCCUGUGUAUGGUUAUCGUAAAUAUUGUCGCGACAUCAUCGGCGAGUAGGGCGUUGUGUUGUAGUUUAUGUUAGCACCCGCCGAGGAAGACAGAGGCGAGCAUGGCGUGGAGGUUCAAAGCUUCCAAGUACAAGAACGCAGCGCCCAUCGUGCCGAAGCCAGAGGCGUGUAUUCGUGACAUCAGCGUCGGCUCGUACCAGACCUAUGGGAACAACAUCGCGUGCUCUGCGGCCUUCAUGGCCUUCAACGUGGAUCAUAAUGGGUCGAGCCUGGCGGUGCUGCCGGUGGACGACCGCGGGCGCAAGAGCAAGGGCAUGCCCCUCCUGCACGCUCACUCCGACACUGUCACGGACAUGGACUUCUCUCCCUUCCACGACGGCCUGCUGGCCACCGGCUCCCAGGACUGCCUGGUGAAGGUGUGGCACAUCCCGGAGGGCGGGCUGCAGGAGAGCCUCAGCACGGCCGAGUGCACCUUCUCGCACAAGCAGCGGCGCGUCGAGACGGUGUGCUUCCACCCCACGGCCGACUGCCUGCUCACCACGUCCUCCUACUCCACCGUGACGCUGUGGGACGUGUCCUCCGAGAAGGAGCUCUACUCGAGCGGCGCGCAGCACGGCGACGUGGUGCAGGCGGUGAGCUGGCGCGGGGAUGGCUCCGUGCUGGCCAGCUGCUGCAAGGACCGUGUUGUGCGCGUGCUGGACCCGCGCCUGCCCGGCUGCACGCACGCCGCGCCGGGCCACCAGAGCAUCAAGGACUCGCGCGUCGCCUGGCUGGGCGACUCCACGCGCAUCCUCACCACCGGCUUCGACAGCGGGCGCCAGAGAGAGGUGUUCAUACGAGACCUGCGCAACUUCCAGGCGUGUGAGAAGACCCUCACCCUGGACAGCUCCACUGGCAUCCUGAUGCCCCUGUACGACCCCGACACGGGCAUGCUGUUCCUGGCCGGCAAGGGGGACACCACCAUCUCGUACCUGGAGGUGACGGAGCGCGAGCCCCACCUGGUGGAGGGGCUGCGGCACAGCGGGGAGCAGACCAAGGGCGCCUGCCUGGUGCCCAAGAGGGCGCUGUGCGUCAUGCAGGGCGAGGUGAACCGCGUGCUGCAGCUGGCGUCCCACUGCGUGGUGCCCAUCACCUACCAGGUGCCGCGCAAGACGUACCGGGACUUCCACGCCGACCUGUUCCCGGACACGGCGGGCACGGAGCCGCAGCUGUCCGCGUCGCAGUGGUACUCGGGGCUCAACACGGCCGUGCCGCGCAUCAGCCUCGACCCCACCAAGCGCCACGGCCAGCCGAGCCUGCAGCCCCGGCUGGGACCCAAGCCCUUCACGCCGCCCAAGCUGAGCUUCGGGGCGGACGGAGACGUGAAGGAGAUGACCAAGUUCUGCUUCGACAAGGUGUUCAGCGUGCCGCCCGUGCCGGGCCAGGAUGCGAGCUGCACGGCCCGGCGCGGCAGCUUCACGGCCGGCGGCGACAAGCCGUCUCCGCGCGACCUCGAGGCCAACGACGUGGAGCCGCGCGACGAGACGGAGUCGAUCGCUGCACAGCAGCGGAGGGAAGCAAACCUCGAUGAUGCUCAGCCCCAUGAUCACCCGGUCAUGAACGACGUCCAGCCACGCGGCGGUGCAGACGUGAAUGACGCUCAGCUGCAGAGUGAGACAGACGUAAAGGAUGAUCGGCGAGAAAGUGACGCGAGCAUGAAUGAUGCUGAUCAAGAAUGUGACGCGAGCAUGAAUGAUGCUCGGCAAGAGUGCGACACCGGCGCGAGCGAAGCUCAGCCGCCCAGCGACCCGGAUGCGAGUGUAGAGGAGGCGUCGGAGGACUCGGAGCAGGUGGCCAUGCAGAGGAUGAGUAUUGCGGAGCGGCGACGACUCUACGAGAGCCGCUCCGUGUCGGCCCAGGACUGCGCUGCCCCGAACACGUCCCCGCCACGCCUGCGCAGACACGACUCUUUCAAGUCCGCACGGUCGCCCGUGACAGAGGUGGAGCCCGACGGUCCAGAGGCCGUCCCCACCGUCACCCCAAAGAGGAUAUCCACCGUAUUCGGGCGAGUGUCCAAGUUCCGGCACCUGAAGGGCACACCUCUGCACAAGUCCACGCACAUCGAGAACAUCCGCAACGUGAGCCGCCAGAUCCCGGGCGAGUGCGAUGGCUUCCACGCCAACCCGCGGCGCGUGGCAGUGCCGCUGAGCGGGCCGGGGGGCAAGAUAGCCGUGCUGGAGCUGUCUCGGCCCGGCAAGCUGCCCGACGGGGUGAUCCCCACGCUGGUGCACGGCGCCAACAUCGUGGACUUCGCCUGGGACCCCUUCGACUGCAGCCGCCUGGCCGUCGCGUGCGACGACGGAGCCAUCCGGCUGUGGACCGUCCCGGAGGGCGGGCUGCCCGCGCCCACCAACACCCCGGACUGCCUGCUGGCCGGCCACUCGGAGAAGAUAUACUUCAUCAAGUUCCACCCGCUGGCGAGCGACGUGCUGGCCUCCGGCUCCUACGACAUGACGGUGCGCGUGUGGGACCUGGGCGCGCGCUCCGAGCGCCUCUGCCUGCGCGGCCACACCGACCAGAUGUUCAGCCUGGCCUGGAGUCCGUGCGGAGUGUACUGUGCCACGGCCUGCAAGGACGGCAAGCUGCGCGUGUACAAGCCGCGCGCGUCCCCGCAGCCCGUGAGGGAAGGAAAGGGGCCGGUUGGCUCCCGUGGCGCGCGCCUCGUCUGGGCCUUGGACGGAGCCUUCAUCGUCGUCGUGGGCUUCGACAAGGUGUCGGAGCGCCAGAUCCACGUGUACCGUGCGGACAGCCUGGCCGCGCCACUCAACACGGUGGGCCUGGACGUGUCUCCGGCCAUCCUCGUGCCCUUCUACGACGAGGACAGCUCCACCCUCUUCCUCACCGGCAAGGGAGACUCGACCAUCUACACGUUCGAGGUGACGGAGGAGGCCCCCUACCUGUGCCCGCUCAGCCACCACCGCUGCGCCACGCUGCACCAGGGCCUGUCCUUCCUGCCCAAGAACGUGUGCGACGUGGGCGCGGUGGAGUUCGCCCGCGCCUUGCGCCUCUCCAACGCCACCAUCCAGCCGCUGUCCUUCGCCGUGCCGCGCGUCAAGAGCGACCUCUUCCAGGACGACUUGUUCCCGCCCACCAAGGUGACGUGGCAGCCCUGUCUGAGCAGCGCGGAGUGGUUCUCCGGCCUGGACCGCCAGCCGCCGCGCGUCAGCCUCAAGCCGCGGGCCAUGGAGAGCCUGUCGGAGGCCAGCCCGCAGCGCGCUCCGUCGGUCCCCGAGCGAGGGCCGUGGUGUGCGGAUGUUCCUGGCUCCGUCAAGGAGAAGCAAGAGCAGAUCCAGCGUGCGGUCAGCCGGCGCAUGGAGCUGAACCUGAAGCUGGAGCAGGAUGACAUGGAGGGCGUGGACGACAAGGAGUGGGAGGAGUAGCGGGGAACCAGGGGACCAGCGCACCAAUCGGAGCGAGCAUAGCUGCUCCGAUCUCCCCCCGCCAUGCCACUGGCCAGUCAGCAACGUCGGCAUUGCUCACAUGGUCGGGGGUUCGUUGCUCAUGAUCCUAUGGCACAUUUUUAAACCAAAACCAUUUGUGUUGUGGACGUUGCCAUAUUUCCAGCAGAUACAAAACCUUUUUUAUAGUUCUGUAAACUUGUUUUAUUGCUCAAUGUAUGUCUGUGAACAUAAUUUGCAACAAAUUAUUGCAAUCAUAUUAAUAUAUCAUGUAUAUAGCUUACAGGCUCGGUUUUGUAUACUCAGUGUAUUAGUUUAUUUUGCAUAUUUUGUAACUAGCAUUCUCAUAGUUUGUUUCGUAUGUAAUAUUUUAUUCCAAAAAUUAGAAUUGUUACAACUGAGUAUUGUAGAAUUCAAGUAAUGAUAGAACAUUCUUAUUGUGCUAAUGAAUGUCUGAUACAGGUUUUGUUUGUGCGUAGUUGGCAGUUGUCUGUAGCUUAGUAAGCAUAGUGUGAAUGUACAAAUGUUGGUGCGAUGAGUUCUGGUGAGUAGUCGCACAUCCCAGGUCAAGCCCCCACAGCUUUUUUUUUUUUUUUUUAUAUUAUUUCUGUGUUUGGUGUAAGAAAUGCAUUUAUGUGUAAUACUCUCAUUGCUAGGUGUUCGCAGAGCUGAACAUUGCUCUGCAGCAUGCUUAUGAUUAUAUCACUAUAUUUGCUAUAGCAAUGAAGGAUUGUGAAGCAAGUGUAAAUUGACACACUGCAUUUUCAUAAUUAUAGAAUGUUAUAUUGAUACAAGUAAAGAGAUUCUUUUGUCCUAGCGAGCAGUUUAUAUAGCCGGUUUGACUUCAUAGUCAGCCCUUUUCCAUCUGUGAAUAAGUGCGUGAUUGUUAGAGAACUUGCUGUAAGAUCUCAUUACACUGGGUAUUUUGCAAGGCUGGUGAUAACAAAAUGAAACUGCGACAUAUCUAGUCUUGUCGGGUCUGAGUGUACAUAAUGUAACAUGUUCUAUGUAUCGGAGCAGUAUUCAUUGUUCAAGUUCUGCUUGUGUUUUGUUUAUGCACAUGUCGGCAGACUUCUGCUUGCUUAUUGUGAUGGUAUGCAUUUGUGAUUAUAUUAUUUAAAGAAAGAAUACUAUGAAUUAUUUUGUAACUUUGUAUGAUUUUUCAAUAAAUUAACUUUUUUUACAAA